UGUAAAUAUCGGCCGACAAUGACUUCCAUCGAGCGACCUGUUUGGGAUGAUGUCGACGAAUCUUUAAUUGAUGAAGUCAUGCGGAUGGCUACAGAUGAGUUGGUUGUGCAUACUCGUCUACUCGACGGCGAAAUUCGCAUAAUGAAAUCUGAGUUACAUAGAGUCGACCACGAAAUUAAAAUGAAGCAGUCAAAGGUUAAAGAUAGUAAGAGCAAGAUCAAGAUGAAUAAAGCACUUCCUUACCUUGUUGCGACGGUUGUUGAGCUUUUGGAUGUUGAACCUGAAGAUGAAGAGGAAGAUGGUGCUAAUGUUGAUCUAGACUCACAGAGGAAGGGGAAGUGCGCUGUCGUUAAGACAAGUACUCGUCAGACCUAUUUCCUCCCCGUUAUUGGCCUCGUUCCACAUGAGGAACUGAAGCCCGGCGAUCUUGUUGGUGUCAAUAAGGAUUCGUAUCUCAUUCUCGAAAAACUUCCAGCAGAAUUUGACUCUCGUGUUAAGGCCAUGGAAGUUGACGAUAGGCCCACCGAAAGGUAUGGCGAUAUUGGUGGACUGGAUAAACAAAUUCAAGAGUUGAUCGAGGCCGUUGUUCUACCAAUGACCCACAAAGACAGGUUUGAUGCUAUUGGCAUCCAGCCUCCUAAGGGUGUCCUCCUGUACGGUCCACCUGGAACCGGAAAAACUCUACUGGCUCGUGCUUGUGCAGCUCAGACAAAGUCGACCUUUUUAAAACUGGCUGCGCCCCAACUCGUACAAAUGUUCAUUGGUGAUGGCGCUAAGUUGGUUCGAGACGCCUUUCAGCUUGCUAAAGAAAAGGCUCCGGCUAUCAUUUUUAUCGAUGAGUUAGAUGCCAUAGGUACGAAGCGUUUUGACAGUGAAAAAGCCGGUGAUCGUGAGGUUCAACGCACAAUGUUGGAGCUUUUAAACCAGCUGGAUGGUUUUCAACCGAACCAUGAGAUCAAAGUUAUUGCCGCCACAAAUCGUGUAGACAUUCUUGAUCCUGCACUUCUUCGCAGCGGUCGACUUGACCGUAAAAUUGAAUUCCCUACCCCCAACGAAGAAGCUCGUUCCCGUAUCAUGCAGAUUCAUUCGAGAAAAAUGAACGUUCAUGAAGACGUGAACUUUGAAGAGCUUGCUCGGUGUACAGACGACUUCAAUGGGGCGCAGUGCAAAGCUGUCUGUGUCGAAGCUGGUAUGAUUGCUUUGCGCAGAAAUGCCAAUCAGGUUGUGCAUGAGGACUACAUGGAUGCCAUUCUUGAGGUGCAGUCGAAGAAGAAAACAAAUUUGAACUAUUACGCAUAG